AUGCCAGACGGCACCAGGCAAGCCCCGACGGGCGAGUGCCGAGGCUGGCAGUGCCUGAUCUCGCCCCACGCCUGCCAGGGUUUCUGCCCUCGCAGCGGUGUCAGCGGGCAGCAAAGCGUGCCACUGCCUCGGGUCACAGUCCGGAGUCUCAGCCCAGGCCUGCCUUGGCAGGCGUCUUCGCCGGCGUGCUGGACUGUGGACUGUGGCACGGGUGUGUAUUCCCUCUGCUGUGGGGAGACGAUCGCCGACAGAAACGUGCUCGUCGAUGAUGAUUCCAGCCUGAGUUGCUAUGGUGACUUUAUUGCAAAGGUGCGAGUCCUCCGGCCCCGUGUGCCUGUGGCUCUGCAGUCACCUCGGCCUCGCUUAUGGCUUUUCUGCUCUCUCUUUCGCAGGAAUGGGGUGAAUGUCGAAGGAGCAACACACAAGCAAGUGGUGGACCUGAUUCGCGCAGGAGAGAAGGAGUUAAUUCUGACGGUGUUGUCUGUGCCUCCCCACGAGGCAGAUAAUCUCGAUCCGAGCGAUGACUCUUUGGGGCAGUCGUUCUACGACUACACGGAAAAACAAGCUGUGCCCAUCUCCAUCCCCACGUACAAGCACGUGGAGCAAAACGGCGAGAAGUUUGUGGUCUACAAUGUUUACAUGGCGGGCCGCCAGCUCUGCUCAAAGCGGUACCGGGAGUUUGCCAUCCUCCACCAGAACCUGAAACGGGAAUUUGCCAACUUCACUUUUCCGCGUCUCCCGGGGAAGUGGCCAUUCUCUUUGUCGGAGCAGCAGCUGGACGCCCGGCGGCGAGGGCUGGAGGAGUACCUGGAGAAAGUGUGCUCGAUACGCGUCAUUGGGGAGAGCGACAUCAUGCAGGAGUUCCUGUCGGAGUCGGACGAGAAUUACAACGGCGUCUCGGACGUGGAGCUCCGAGUAGCAUUACCAGAUAUAACAACAGUGACAGUCAGAGUCAAAAAGAACAGCACUACAGACCAGGUGUACCAGGCUGUGGCUGCAAAAGUCGGAAUGGACAGUAUUACCGCAAACUACUUUGCCUUGUUUGAAGUGAUCAAUCACUCCUUUGUGCGCAAACUAGCACCCAACGAAUUCCCCCACAAACUCUACGUGCAGAACUACACCUCGGCGGUGCCGGGAACGUGCCUGACCAUCCGAAAAUGGCUCUUCACUACAGAGGAGGAGGUUCUUCUCAAUGACAACGACCUGGCAGUCACCUACUUCUUCCAUCAGGCUGUUGAUGAUGUCAAGAAAGGCUACAUCAAAGCAGAGGAGAAGUCCUACCAGUUACAGAAGCUGUGUGAGCAGAGAAAGAUGGUCAUGUAUUUAAACAUGCUACGGACGUGCGAGGGUUACAACGAGAUCAUCUUCCCCCAUUGCUCCUGUGACUCUCGGCGGAAGGGACAUGUGAUCACAGCCAUCAGCAUUAAGCACUUUAAACUCCAUGCCUGCACAGAGGAGGGCCAGCUGGAGAACCAGGUAAUAGCAUUCGAAUGGGACGAAAUGCAGCGGUGGGACACGGACGAAGAGGGAAUGGCGUUUUGUUUUGAAUACGCACGAGGAGAGAAGAAACCCCGAUGGGUUAAAAUCUUCACCCCCUACUUCAACUACAUGCACGAGUGCUUUGAACGGGUUUUCUGCGAGCUCAAGUGGAGGAAGGAGGUGGAGGAGGAAGCAACAGACAAGGAUAACAAGAACUGCAGUAAAGACAAUAUGUGCAGCAAGAAUAUCUUUCAGAUGGUCAGGUCACAGCAGAGGGACGCGGCCACUUAGCCCCUCGUCACGGAAGAACGUAACCCCCCCCCCCUUCCCCAAUUAACUCUUAAAAUUCUGUUAUUGUAUUAAAGCCCUUAAACUAAAUAUUAUUAAUAAUAAUACCAUUUGUGAACUUCAUGUUUAUGGAAUUAAGCAACUAGGAUAAAUGGCAGGCUCGGCCAAGAAAAGAGGGGAAAACAGUGUUGGAUGGCAGAGGAACCGCCCGAGGGUGUUCUGUCUCUUCCUUCCGCUUGGGUCC